AUGUGUGUAUUUCUCCGCCAUAACACGACGAAUCGUCCCGAUAGCCCAGCCAUUCACUCCCGCACACCGGACCUCGUUGCCGUCCGGGUUGUAGUGAAUCCGGGAGCACCAAAUCUAGUCGAACGCGGCUCGGGCAUUGCUCUCGUAAGUGUAGCGGCAGACGCGCACGUUGCCCCAUCCUUCUUCAGUAGCGACAAGCCAGUAAUUCCCUUUAUCAGCGGGGUCCCGCGGGUCGUACGCACUCAAAUACUCGUGCUGAAAGCUACGAAACCCUUUAACAAUGCCGGCGACUCCCAACCGAUCGCAGCAGGGACAGCCACUGCUGCAGCCGCAACACCCAACGGCACAGCACCAGCCGCUCCGAUAUUUUGCACCACUGCAACAGUGCUCCCUGCAGCAACUCCUCCACCCCCAGCAAUCGCAGCGCCCGACAUCAUCCCCGCCGCUGCAGACCCCGCAGCGAUCCCAGCAGCCGUAAAACCGACAGCUUGA